AGAGGAGGAGCUUAUACUAACACACGUUCCUGUGUCAAGCUGGAGCAGGUUUCUACCAGAUAACAAUUCACAACUCGUAAAUCACAAACGUCUAUACUACAAGGAUAUCAGUCUGCUUGUCUCAAUCUCAGUACUUGGAAGGAAGAUUGUGAGAAUACAUUAGGUUGACUGGAUCUCUUAAACACAAACCUGGAAGGAUUGUGGAGGUUUUUAUGAAAUAGGAAAUUGUGAACUAUUUGAUUUAGCUGUGAUGGACAUCAUUGAGCCGAUCCUAACCAUAGCUGAGAAGCUAUAUGCCCUGUGUGAGGAGGUAAAGGCCAACAAAAAGCGCUGCAGGCGUUUAGCUCGCCGCGUGUCCGCUCUUGCUAAUCUGGUGAAAGUUGUUAAGUCUCGUGGCUUCGGCACAAACCCGAAUCAGGUACAAAAAGGCCUUCAAGAGCUUAAAGAGACCCUAGAGUCAGCAGAGAUUGUCGUGAGGAAAUACACCUUGCUCGGCUAUCUGAAACUCAUCGCAAAAGCGCAUGACCUCGGCGAGGAGUUCAUCUACUUAAACGAAAGACUGAACGACGCAGCUCAGCUACUUUCUCUAGCGCUUCAGGUUGAGCACAGAGAGAGUUUAGAUAAAGUGUUUCAGGAGAACAUAAGACGACGAGAAGAUGAGGAGGACAGACAAAGCGACUGUCAGGAGUUUAUGAAGUUGCUGCAGUCUUUAGUCCAGGAAGCUAGAGAAACAAACACAACAAUUGACGUGGUAAAAAACACAGUUGAGCAAACACACAGUGAUGUUCAGAAUAUUAAGGAACUCCUGGAAUCAAUGAGAAAACCAUGUGUUAAUAUGCAGGACAUAAGAGAGAUAAAAUCAGAAGAAUUGACCUAUGACAUCCCUGUUAAACCCAUUAUAACCAGCAGCCAGUUUGAGCUUUACAAAGGGACGUACAACAAGUUCACAGUGGCUAUCAAGAGAUACACAUGCCUGCUGAACACAAGCCCGAGUGAGUUGAGAUGUAUUUUUAAGAAGGAGGUGGAGACCAUGAGGCGUUUUGAGUCGCCCAAUAUCUUAAGAAUGUUUGGGAUCUGCGUACAGGAUGAGAACGCACCAAAUCCAAGCUAUAUGAUAGUGAUGGAGUAUUGUGAGAAAGGAAAUCUUCGACAAGUGCUGGACAGUCACUGCAGACUGCCCUGGGACAGAAAGACUCAAAUGUGUCUGGAUGCAGCACAGGGACUCUACAGGCUGCAUCAGUCAGAGGAGAAGUUUAAAGUUCACGGUUCAAUCCAAAGCUCCAGUUUUCUGGUGGCUGCAGGCUAUAGAGUAAAGUUGGGAGGCUUUGAGUUGGCAAAAACAGAAACGUCUCUUCAGAGGAACAAGCCCAAAAAGAGCAGCUCCCUUUAUUACAGCUGUCCACAACAUCUGAAGAACAUCAACUAUCCUUACAACAAGUCAUGUGAAAUAUACGGUUUUGGCAUUGUCUUGUGGGAAAUUGCAACUCGAGAUAUUCCCUUCAAAGGCUGUUCUACAGAAGAGAUCUUCCAAAAAGUGUAUGGAGAGAAGGUCAUGGAGCCUCUUCCUCCAGACUGUCCCAAAGGGCUCUCAGAGCUCAUCAAUGCCUGCAGAUCAUUUGAGCCUUUCCAGAGACCAACAGCAGGAGUGCUGGUGGACAAGCUUCGCAAAAUAGCUGAAGAGGAAUGACAGCGCAUCAUUUUCUGGAUCAUUUAUCUGCACUCAAAAGACAAUUCAUUGGUUGAACUCAAUUUAAUUGAGGGCAGGAUUUCCACCCAAUACAUAAGUGUGGUCCUACUCAUAAAAAAACAGACUCAUUCAAUAAAAUGUAAUUGAGUUGGUCCAGCUCAAUUUUAAUAUAUACAGUUUAGAUAAAUCUUAAAGACUUAUACAGUGAAAUGUAAUUGGGUUGAACCAACUUGAUUUUGUCAAAUUAGAUUUAUGUUUAUGUGUAAUGUUUAAGCUUGCCAAACUCAAAAUAAAACACUGGAAAUUGUGAGGAAAUCUUUUUUU